AUCACGGAUCUCACCUCCUCUCCAACUCCCUAGACUUUCUUGCAGAAAUUCUAAGAGAAAUAAGGAGGCGCCGGGAUCCCGAGCAGCUUAACCUGCACCGGGAAGGGCGAAAACCCCUUCCCCCCCGCAACUCAGUUCGAAAGUGAAGGUUUCUCAACAGUGAUGCCACAAGAUUGACCACGUUGACACAAUAUGGAGUCUGGAGAACGGUUGCCGCCCUCACCAGCCUCCUCUACUGCACCAACGUCGUCUUCUGCUCCGCCUGUGGCCUCAGCAGUCUCAAAAAGCGGCCUUUCCACAGGAGCUUCUUCACUGAGCUCUACAGCCAACCCAUGUGUUCUUGAAGCUGGGAAGUCCAAGAUCAAGGCAUCGCCCGACUCAGUGUCUGGACAUUUAUUCAGAGCAGCCGGGGAUCAGCCGUUUACCCUGUCCACAGUGUCGAGUGCCUUCCCAGUGCUCAGCCACCCAGUCUUUGGUCUACACCCAGCCAGCUCAGGGCACUCAGAAUUUGGUGGUUUGGGGACACUUGGCACACCCACAGCCUUAGCCGUACAUCCCCAACUAACACCUUUUCCAGGUGCAGAAUGGUGGCGAGCCACAGAUGUCCAUACUCGCGCAGGGGCACCCUUCUUUCCACCACUCCUGGGAAUCCCACCACUGUUUGCGCCUCCAGCCCAGAAUCACGAGUCAUCAUUUCAUUCAAGGACUUCUGGGAAGAAUAGUAACCGAAGCGGUCCUGAAAAAGGUAUAAACGGGUCUGUCAAUGGAAACAGUGCAUCUUCUGUCCUUGGUGUCAACACGUCUGUGCUCUCCACUCCUGCUGCAAGUUGCAUGGGACAGAGUCAAACCUCAGGCCCAGGUGGAGGUACCCUCAAAUGCCAUCAGGAACAAAACAAAAGCCAGCCUUUGGAUGCCAGAGCCGACAAAAUCAAAGAUAAGAAACCAAGGAAGAAGGCUAUGGAAAGUUCUAGCAACAGUGAUAGUGAUUCAGGCACAUCGUCAGACACCUCAAGUGAAGGCAUUAGCAGUAGUGACUCAGAUGAUCUGGAAGAGGAAGAGGAAGAAGAUCAAAGCAUUGAGGAGAGUGAAGAGGACGAUUCUGACUCCGAGACUGAAGCACAACACAAAAGUAACAACCAGGUGCUAUUACAUGGUAUCUCAGACCCGAAAGCAGACGGACAGAAAGCAACUGAAAAAGCCCAGGAAAAAAGAAUACACCAGCCAUUACCUCUUGUGUCUGAAUCCCAGACCCAGUCACCAUUCCAGCCCCAGCAGAAGCAGCCUCAGGUUUUGUCACAGCAGCUUCCAUUCAUUUUCCAAAGCUCUCAGGCAAAGGAGGGAUCUGUGAACAAACACACCAGUGUGAUACAGUCGACGGGACUGGUGUCCAAUGUGAAACCUUUGUCCUUGGUAAAUCAAGCCAAAAAGGAAACUUACAGGAAACCCCCAGGCCCUUCUCCCGAUGUCCUCACAGCAGGGCAUAAAAAUACCUCUGAAGAAUCUAGUUCUUUGACCAGUGAAUUGCGAUCCAAACGGGAACAAUACAAGCAGUCAUUCCCAUCACAAGUAAAGAAACAGGAGUCGGCGAAGAGCCUGAAGAAGGUUAUUGCAGCUUUGUCAACCACAAAAGCAACCACUACUUCACCAGCACAUCCAAAACAACCAUUAGAAAACAACCACCCCAACCCAUUCCUGACCAAUGCACUUUUAGGUAACCACCAACCAAACGGAGUUAUUCAAAGCGUCAUUCAAGAAGCUCCUUUAGCGCUCACCACCAAAACUAAAAUCCAGAGUAAGAUCAACGAAAACGUGGCAAGCAGCACCCCCUUUUCCUCACCUGUCAAUCUGAGCACAAGUGGGAGAAGAACUCCUGGCCCCCAGACCCCAGUGCUGCCCUCUGCCUCUCCCAUCCUGCACAGUCAGGGCAAGGAGAAGGUGGCCAGCAGUACCGCAGCCCCAGGCAAAGCGCAGCAUCACUCCCAUCCUGCAAAGUCUUUGGUGGAGCAGUUUAGAGGAACGGAUUCAGACAUUCCCAGUAGUAAAGACUCAGAAGACUCAAAUGAGGAGGAAGAUGAAGACGAGGAGGAGGAAGAUGAGGAGGACGAUGAAGAGGAUGAGUCUGAUGACAGUCAAUCAGAAUCAGAUAGUAAUUCAGAAUCAGAUUCAGAGGGCUCAGAAGACGACGAUGAGAAAGACCAGGAGGAAUCAGAUAGUGACACUGAAGGAGAGAAAGCUGCUGCGAGCCUGAAUCAGACAACCUCGGCUGCCAAAAGCCCUCCCGUCAGCCUCACAGCUCCCUCGACACCUCACAGCCUCCACAUAGGAGGCCCCCCAGGCUCGGCUCCCGCUGCCCUGUGCUCUGAGCCUCAGGCGCCUGCUUUCCUUGGCACCUCUUCUUCCACACUCACUGCAAGCCCACACUCUGGUACAAGCAAAAGACGGAGAGUGACGGAGGAGCAGGAGCUGCGGGUCCCCGUGGAGUACGGCUGGCAGAGAGAGCCAAGGGUGAGAAACCUCAGUGGGCGCCUUCCAGGAGAACUGGCCUACUACGCGCCAUGUGGAAAGAAGCUUAGGCAGUACCCUGAAGUGAUAAAGGGAAUGCAGUGGUGUCUUUUGAAAGAAGAGGAUGUCAUUCCUCGCAUCAGGGCAAUGGACGGCCCGCACCGAGAGGAAAGACCGCCCAAUCCAGAUAGACCAAGAGCAAGAGAGGAAUCCAGGAUGAAACGCCGGAAGGGUCGCCCGCCCAAUGUCGGCAGUGCGGAAUUCCUCGAUAACACAGAUGCCAAGCUACUGCGGAAGCUCCAGGCUCAAGAAAUAGCCAGACAAGCAGCUCAAAUAAAGCUUCUGAGAAAACUUCAAAAGCAGGAACAGGCCCGGGUUGCCAAAGAAGCUAAAAAACAGCAAGCAAUAAUGGCUGCUGAAGAGAAGCGGAGGCAGAAAGAGCAGAUGAAGAUUAUGAAGCAGCAGGAAAAAAUUAAGAGAAUACAGCAAAUCAGAAUGGAAAAAGAACUCCGAGCUCAGCAAAUUCUUGAGGCUAAAAAGAAAAAGAAGGAAGAAGCGGCAAAUGCCAAAUUAUUGGAGGCCGAGAAACGAACAAAGGAAAAGGAGCUGAGAAGACAGCAGGCAGUUCUUCUGAAGCACCAGGAGUUGGAGAGGCAUAGACUAGAUAUGGAACGGGAGCGAAGGCGACAGCAUAUGAUGCUUAUGAAAGCUAUGGAAGCUCGUAAAAAAGCAGAAGAAAAAGAACGGUUGAAACAAGAGAAACGGGAUGAGAAAAGAUUGAACAAGGAGCGCAAACUAGAGCAGCGGCGGCUGGAGCUAGAAAUGGCGAAGGAACUAAAGAAACCUAAGGAAGACAUGUGCUUAGCAGAUCAAAAGCCCUUGCCAGAGUGGCCUCGCAUCCCGGGACUUGUCCUCUCUGGAACCACAUUUUCAGACUGUCUCAUGGUGGUGCAGUUCUUGCGAAACUUUGGUAAAGUUUUGGGCUUUGAUGUGAAUAUUGAUGUUCCAAACCUCAGUGUUCUUCAAGAGGGAUUGCUAAAUAUAGGGGACAGCAUGGGUGAAGUGCAAGACUUGCUUGUGAGGCUCCUCUCAGCUGCUGUAUGUGAUCCAGGUCUAAUAACAGGAUACAAGGCCAAAACAGCUCUCGGAGAACAUUUGCUGAAUGUUGGUGUGAAUCGAGACAAUGUGUCCGAGGUUUUGCAGAUUUUCAUGGAAGCCCACUGUGGACAGACUGAGCUGACUGAGAGCCUGAAGACAAAAGCCUUUCAGGCCCACACCCCAGCACAGAAAGCCUCGGUGCUGGCCUUCCUCAUCAAUGAGCUGGCGUGCAGCAAGAGUGUGGUGAGUGAGAUUGACAAGAACAUUGAAUACAUGUCAAACUUGAGGAGAGAUAAAUGGGUAGUGGAAGGCAAACUCCGCAAGCUUAGGAUAAUUCAUGCUAAGAAAACAGGCAAGAGAGACGCUUCCGGGGGCAUCGAUCUCGGAGAAGAGCAGCAUCCCUUGGGCACCCCCACUCCAGGACGCAAGCGGAGAAGGAAGGGAGGAGACAGCGAUUAUGAUGAUGAUGACGACGACGACAGUGAUGACCAAGCUGAUGAGGAUGAUGAAGAUGAAGAAGAUAAAGAUGACAAAAAAGGAAAGAAGACCGAUAUCUGUGAAGAUGAGGAUGAAGGUGACCAAACAGCAAGUGUUGAGGAGCUAGAAAAGCAGAUAGAAAAACUGAGCAAGCAACAGAGCCAGUACAGGCGAAAGCUCUUUGAUGCUUCUCACUCACUACGCUCCAUGAUGUUCGGUCAGGAUCGUUACCGGCGCAGAUACUGGAUUCUUCCUCAGUGUGGAGGGAUUUUUGUAGAAGGCAUGGAAAGUGGGGAAGGCCUAGAAGAAAUUGCAAAAGAAAAAGAAAAGCUUAAAAAAGCAGAAAGUCUCCAGAUCAAGGAAGAAGUAUUCGAGACUCCUGCGGAUAGUUUAAACUGUUCCACUACAGAUCACUGUGAGCCGAGGGGCGACCUUAAAGAAAAAGAUAACACAAAUCUGUUUCUUCAGAAACCUGGCUCUUUCUCCAAGUUAAGCAAGCUUUUGGAAGUAGCAAAAAUGCCUCCUGAGUCAGAUGUUAUGACCCCCCCAAAGGCAAACAUUAGUACAAACGGGUGCACACUGUCUCAUCAGAGCAGUGGGAAGCAUUCGCUGGGGAGCGUCCCCUCAGCUGCCACACAAAGCAGUGUGGGGAAGACAGACGCCAGCCUCUUUAGCUCUGGCCCUGGUGCGUGUGGGAAGUUCUACAGCCCUCUCCCCAAUGACCAGUUGUUAAAAACACUGACUGAGAAGAACAGGCAGUGGUUUAGCCUUUUGCCAAAAGCACCCUGUGACGACACUUCCCUGACCCAUGCUGACGUGUCCACUGCUUCAGUGACUCCUCAGGCUCCGCCACCUUCUAAGUCACCAUCACCAGCUCCAGCUCCACUUCUUGGGUCGUCUUCUGUUCAGAGCCCCACGGGACUGAAUCCGUUUGCUCUGUCGCCAUCGCCUCUUCAGGUGAAAAGUGGCGUGUCUGUGAUGGGCCUUCAGUUCUGUGGGUGGCCCGCUGGUGUGCUCACUUCCAAUGUCCCGUUCACGUCGUCCCCUCUGCCGGGGCUCGGGUCAGGGCUGGGACUGCCAGAAGGAAAUGGCAGUUCGUUCUUGACUUCCAGUGUUGCGUUAAGUAAAAGUGACUCUCCUGUCCCUCCGCCUGACAAGGCCUCCACAGCUCAGCCGGCAGCUCUUGAAGUAGCAAAAGCAGUAGAUUUUCCUAAUCCAAAGCCUAUUCCAGAAGAAAUGCAGUUUGGUUGGUGGAGAAUUAUUGACCCGGAAGACUUGAAGACAUUGCUCAAAGUGCUGCAUCUCAGAGGGAUAAGGGAAAAGGCAUUACAGAAACAAAUACAGAAACAUCUGGAUUAUAUCACUCAAGCCUGCAUCAGGAAUAAGGAUGUUGCUAUCAUUGAAGUAAAUGAAAAUGAAGACAAUCAGGUAACUCGAGAUAUCGUGGAAAACUGGUCAGUCGAAGAGCAAGCGAUGGAGCUGGAUCUGAACAUCCUCCAGCAAGUAGAGGACCUGGAACGCAGGGUGGCCUUGGCGAGCUUGCAAGUGAAGGGUUGGAUGUGUCCAGAGCCUGCGUCAGAAAGGGAGGACUUGGUAUAUUUUGAACAUAAGUCAUUUACUAAGUUGUACAAGGAGCAUGAUGGAGAAGAAGAAAACAGUGCACAUGCACUGGCCCGGAAGAGUGACAACCCCCUAGAUAUAGCUGUAACCAGGCUGGCUGAUUUGGAGCGGAACAUUGAGAGAAGGUAUCUGAAGAGCCCCUUAAGUACCACCAUUCAGAUCAAACUGGAUAAUGUGGGCACAGUUACUGUCCCUGCUCCUGCACCAUCCAUUAGUGGUGAUGGUGACGGAGUUGAAGAGGAUAUUGCUGCAGGGCUCAGGGUCUGGAGAAGGGCGUUAGCAGAAGCUCGCAGUGCCGCACAGGUAGCCCUGUGCAUCCAGCAGUUACAGAGGUCAAUAGCAUGGGAAAAAUCAAUUAUGAAAGUUUACUGCCAGAUCUGUCGGAAGGGAGACAACGAAGAACUGCUUCUACUCUGUGAUGGCUGUGACAAAGGCUGCCACACCUACUGCCAUAGGCCCAAGAUUACAACUAUUCCCGAUGGGGACUGGUUUUGUCCAGCUUGCAUUGCUAAGGCCAGUGGUCAGACUAUAAAAAUAAAAAAAAUUCAUGUCAAAGGAAAAAAGACGAAUGAUCCCAAGAAAAGCAAGAAAGGAAAUGUCACUGGGGACACUGAAGAUGAAGACUCCGCUUCCACAAGCAGCUCACUGAAAAGAGGAAGCAAAGAUCUCAAAAAAAGGAAAAUGGAGGAAAACACUUCUAUCAACUUGUUAAAAGUAGAAAGUGCUACUUCAGUUAAGAAACCCAAAAGAGACGACUCCAAGGACCUGAGUCUUUGCAGUAUGAUCCUGGCUGAAAUGGAAACACACGAGGAUGCCUGGCCUUUUCUACUUCCUGUAAACCUAAAACUUGUACCCGGCUACAAGAAAGUUAUUAAGAAGCCUAUGGAUUUUUCUACCAUUAGAGAAAAACUAAAUAAUGGACAGUAUCCCAGCUUCGAGACCUUUGCUCUAGACGUCAGGCUUGUUUUUGACAACUGUGAAACAUUUAAUGAAGAUGACUCGGACAUAGGCAGAGCUGGCCACAGUAUGCGAAAAUACUUUGAAAAAAAGUGGACAGAUACCUUCAAAGUGAGCUGAAGUUGUAAUCUCUUUUUUCUCUUUUUCCUUUUAAACAAGGACAAACAUGACCAGCAAUGUGAACUGCAUUUACACAGAUGUGCAAGGCACAUACAUGCUAACU